AUGAAGCCCGUCGUCUCUGCCUUGAACGCCUGGUCUUGUGUCAUUAUCUCCGCUUUCGCAAUCAUCAUCCUCUCAGUCCUCGGCUCGCUAUACAGCAGCAACAACCACGCAUACACCGGAUCGGAAGGCGAACCUGAAGAUGGCCCCGCAGUCGCCGCCUCUAUUUAUAUCGCUGUGAUGGUCUAUGCUGGCUUCUUCGUUUUCUGCGGUCUCCAGGCUUACCUUCACAUGCGAGACAGUAGGGGAGGCGCUAUAUCACUGCAUUAA